CCUAGCUACCAUUCAUGAAAUGUCUCAUGCUGCAAAUUCAUCAACAACAAAACAAUGGGACAACUGUCAAAAUCUCUGUCAAGAAAAAGUAAUCUUUGAAGAACUGAACAGUACAAUUCAUAAUAUAAUGGCAUGGGUUGUGGCAUCGGUUACCAGCGUAUUAUACCCAGUCAUCACAAAUUCUGAAGAAAGAGUGAAAAGCAACACAUAUCCAGUAUCUGCUGAGUCUGCCCCUUCUUUAGAUGGUGCAAGUUGCUGUCACACAUGCAGUGACAUGAUGAUAUAUACAAGAACUAAGACAUUUCAGAGAAAGCCCUAUGCAGAAGCAUUUGACAGGUCAGUGGAACAACCAACCACAGCUUUGAUACCAUCAUCUUUUUCUAAAGUAAGAACCCCGGGAAAAGCUCAAUCUAAAAAAAACUCGUUUAUGCCUGCUAAAAUUAAAUUUAAUGAGGCUUUGGAAUACCCAGAUCUCAAACUCUGUAAAUCUGAUACUCAACUUUUUGCGUCAACUGAAUGCAAAACAAAGAAAGUUAGGAAUGCUGCUACUGAAACAGCCAACCUAGAAGACUCUCUGUCCUCAGAUGGGGAAACAAAAGACAAAAAUGAGAAGCAGGAGUUAGUGAAUGCUUUUGCUGACUUUAAAUAUUACAUAAAAGAAGAAACAGAGUUGAUUUUACAGAAAAUUUUUGAAGAAUUGAUGUUCAAUCUAACUGAAACCAUUCCUACCCUAUCUACUGCUGUAACUGAUCAUUUUUUUGACCAAACUGACAAGGACAGUGAAAAGUUGCUUGAUGAUAUUGAUAUCUCCACAGCAGCUGAUGAAAUUGUGGGAACUAUACUUGAGAAAUUAAAAUAUGCAGCUGAGAAAAAAUGCAUCAAGGCAUUUCCACAAGAUUUGUCAGUUCACUUUAAAUCGGACUCAGCAACUAGUGAAGAACAUUCCAUUUGCUGCAAAGAAGUUCAUUCAGAAGCUUCACUGCCUUAUUAUUUUGAGAACAUGGGUAAUCUUACAGAAGAUAUAGUUCAUGUAAAUUCACAGAAGCUGAUGCUUCUUGCACCCUUUAAACAAAAUCAACUAGCUGAUCUUGAAGACAUUCCUAAAUCCUCUUAUCAGUUACAUAUGAAAGAUCCAACAUGCACGUUUUUUCAGCAGAUUGGCAAAAAGAAGUCCGGUGCAGAAUCUGAAGCAGCCAGUUUGACUGCUGAAGGAGAAAUACAAAGUUUUGUGUCAAAUAUUUUAUCUCAUUCCUCUCUACUGGUCAAUUUAGAGGAAGCGAUCUCCACUACACUGGAUUUUGUGCAAAUGGGGCUCAAUGAUGAAAGGCUAACUGCAACUAAAGAAACCGUUCUCAUUCUUCAGCUGCUUGAUGAUAUCUUAACUCAGCUACAGUAGAAAUCAAGGAGAACAGACAUCAAAAAGAAUAGACAGCCUAGAUUGAGCAGUACUUGUAUCACUGAGAAAAUGGACUUAUUGGUGAUGGGUUAGCUUAUGGCCCUAGAAAUAGGCAACAACUUCCACCUACUAAUAUCCAUGGCAUAGUACUUUAUCCUGAAGAUGAAAACGAAGGAAACAAAAUCAUAGAAAAGAUGCAUAUUUUCAUGCAUCAAGGAUGAGAAGACAAACUUACAAAAACAGUUUCCUAAUCAUGAGUCAACAAAGAAAAAUGCUGAUCUUAAAUACAAAGGAAUGACCAAUUCACCUGUCAAGCUCACUUGUCAACACAAAAUGGCAAUUAAAGAUUGGGAAUUAAAGACUGGAUUUUCAACUUCUAAUCUAAAAAACCUAUUUAAAGACACACCAUGUUCGAACAGAGAUGCUGGGAUUUUUCAGUUGACAUGAAAAAAAAUCAAAUAUGGAAGGCCUCAAAAGAUGUAAUUGAACAUAUUUUAGCAGAAGUACUUGAAGAUACAUCUGUAGUUUUAGAUCAAGAAACUACACCUUUUAUUCAUAAAAAUAAUCACAUGAUUCAUCACAUCAAGAACUGGUGGACUAGUUGGUCACUGUGUCAAAAUUAAUACA